CUUGGAAAGGCUCCUCUAGGUCGAUCAGACAGAGAAGUAGAGAAGACAAGGAAGGUGGAAAAUAAUGGAAAUGAUAAAAACGGCGCUAUAUUGCGACGUUAUCCCUCAAACUCGAGCAAAAGGUGUUCCCCAGUUCCGGAGACGGACAUUGACAACUGCUUCUGCUUCUCCUUCUUCUGCUUCUGCUUCUCCUUCUCCUUCUCCUUGUUCUGCUUCUCAUCCAAAUACAACUUCUCUCAGGUGCGCUGUGCUCGGUGCCGGCUUUGCUGGCUUGUCCGUGGCGUGGCAUUUGCUAUUCCACAGCCCCAAAGAAUUGAAAGUAAAAGUUGACAUUUUUGAUGAUGUUGGCAUUGCUGGCGGCGCUUCUGGUGUUGCUGGAGGCCUCGUUCACCCCUAUUCCCCUAAAGUGAAGCUUCUAUGGAGGGGUGAAGAAUGCUGGACUGAGUUUUUGAAUCUUCUAAAUGUUGCAGAAGCUGCUGCCACGGCAGCUUCUAGUCCUCACUUUCCACUCAACACUACUGAUUUCAUUGUUCGAAGAACGGGCAUAUUGAGACCAGCUGUUAGUGAAAAGAUUUUGGAUGUCAUGCAUCAAAAUGCUCAAAAUUGUCUAGCAAGUUGUCCAAUACAGGCCGUUGAUGAAGUUGCUGCAAGAGAGCUUAUACCAAAUUUAUCUACGCCUUUGAACAGAGCCUUCUUUAUGCCUAAAGCUGUGAAUGUUAAUCCCCACCACUAUCUUAAGGCACUUUUUCUUGCAAGUGAACAUUUGGCCAAGAGGUUGUCAUCAACAGGUUUCCCUGGCAAGGAAAUAGCUUUGCACAAGAAAGUUGUCACUUCACUAAGUGAAGUGGGAGAUGAAUAUGAUAUUGUGAUAGUUUGUCUUGGGGCUAGAGUUGACAUGCUAGCUGACCUGUCUGGAAUGCUUCCUUUAAGGACAUGCAGAGGCAUUGUUGCACACCUGCAGUUGAAUGAUCCCUUGUGUGAAGAGUAUUGUGAAGAUAGUCCUUCAAUCCUCUCAGAUGUUUGGCUGGCUGUCCAGGGGCCAAAAAGUUUAUAUUUAGGGUCAACAUGGGAAUGGGAAUCAAGAAAUUUCUCUUCCGUUGUUUCCUUGGAAGAAGCUUCUAGUACCCUUCAACAACUCUUACAUAAGACAAGUUUGGUAUAUCCAAAAAUAACGAAUUGGACUAUAAUGGGAGCACAGGCAGGUGUCAGGGCAAUGCCACCUCUCACUCCGCAAGGAUCGUUUCCUCUUUUAGGUUGCAUAGAUGAACUUGUAGGAGGCAAUUCUUCUUCUAAAUAUUGGUUAAUUGGAGGUCUUGGUGCAAGAGGACUACUUUAUCAUGGCUGGCUUGGUAAGUUGACUGCACAAGCUGUGCUUUCCUCUAAUGAAGGUGUGUUACCUCCUGAACUAACUUUUUGGAAGAAGAUGAAGAACAAGUAACUAGAGAAUGUUAAUGGUUACACAUCUUUUUUAAUCUGCAACACAAUUUUGGUUUUAUAGCAUAGUAAUGAUGUACAGUAAGUACAUGGAAUUUGUUAGUUUAAUUCCAAAAUUUCAUCACAUUCAUGUGUUCGAUUUAACUAUGAUGUAUUGUUUGGAAGUAAUGAAAAUGAAUGCUAAGGUUGCUUGUGGAAGUGAAAGCCUCUCUUUUGAUGGAAACUUUUAUAUAUUGAAUAUGAGUUCACAUUGGAUAAUUCACCCA